GAGCGGCGGACGGAGGCUGUACGGGCACAGAACGCCGUAUGUAUGCGCUCAUCUCGUACUGCUUGUCGUGAUGUAGUAUAUCUUCCCCAGUGACUUCCUCUCUCCCUCUUUUUGUCUAUUGAUCACUUACAGGACCAGCCCUCCCCAGCAUUACAGAGGCCGUCCAUCCACGAGCGACACUCUGCUCCCGCAACGAUGUCGACCCACCCCAUCGUCCACGUGUUGGACAACUACUACCUAGCAAUCACCCUCCUCGUCACAAUCGGCUACCAGCUUAUCGGCUUUGCCUUCGCAUAUGGCUUCAAGUUCGACAAACUCACCGACUUCAUGGGCGGCACAAACUUCAUCUGGCUCGCCAUCCUCACCCUUUCCCUCUCCGGCACCACCACCGCCCGCCAAAUCGUAACGUCCAUCUUCAUCAUGCUCUGGGGCGCUCGGCUCUCCGGCUUCCUCCUCUUCCGCAUCCUCAAGACGGGCAGCGACGACCGCUUCGAUGACAAGCGCGACAAGUUCUUCCCCUUUCUGGGCUUCUGGGUGGCGCAAAUGGUGUGGGUGUGGGUCGUGAGUCUCCCGGUGACGAUCCUCAACAGCCCGAAUGUACUGCGGUAUCGUCAGCCGAGCUUCGGCAAGGCGACGGAUAUCAUUGCGAUUAUCUUCUUUGCGAUUGCCUUGACCAUGGAGACCGUGAGCGAUAUCCAGAAGUAUCGAUUCAAGCAGAGUGAGCGCGGACAGCAGCCUGGCGCGGUCUGCAACGUGGGCUUGUUCAAGUACAGCCGGCACCCGAACUACUUUGGAGAGAUUAUCAUUCAAGUUGCAAUCUUCAUGAUGGCCAUCACCCCAGCCUCAUACGGCAACAUCCCGUCCGGCUCCGGAGCAUACGCAGCCCUCUACAGCAGCAUGCUCGGCUGGAUCUUCCUCACCCUCCUGCUCAUGUUUGUAUCAGGCCUCACCCUCCAAGAACGCCCAGGAGCCAAGAAGCGCUACGAGAAGGGCAGAGGUUGGCCUGAGUACGAGCAGUACCUACACGAUACCAGCAUCCUAAUUCCCAUGCCGCCGGGCAUCUGGAGCAGAUUGCCUGUCAUCGUCAAGCGAACCAUCGGAUUAGAAUUCCCCAUCUACGUCUUCGAUCCCGCCAAACACGCCGAUCAGGAUAAGGUGCAGCAGCGUGAGGCUGAGGAGGGGCAAAGCGAGCAGCAGCGUGGGGAGCGAGGGAGUUCGGAGCCGCUUCGGUGAGAGGCGUGGUAGUGGAGUUUUACGACACGUACGAAGUUUGAGCUCUCAAUUCAGCUGUUCGAUUAGUCUUUGCGACCUGUGCUGAACUUGUCACAGCGGUACUUCUUCCGCCUGCGUUAGCUCAUCGGGGUCCGAUGCAUUGGAUUUGUAGCCUGCUGCAGCCUGCGGCUGCCUGAUUGGACGUUACACAUGCGAGCGGCUCGUCGGCGUGCAGGCCAGCGGCACAGGCGGUAUGUGCGACGUCCUGAUUAUACAAAUACCACCCAACACCUCGUAGAAGAUGAACGAUUCGACA